AUGGCUGACAACGUCGGUCUCACUACACCCAGAGGCAGCGGUACCUCUGGAUAUGUCCAGAAGAACCGUUCACUCCUCAGACCACGCGACAAGGUAGCGCCUUAUCCAAAAGACUGGGAGUCGGCAAAGCAUCGCCCGCGGCAGCCAGAUGCAGAGAUUCUCGAACACGAAGCAAAGCGCGACAUCGAAGUCAAGGUCUUUGAGCUGCGAGAUAAGCUUGGAGAGGAGGGCGUUGACGAAGAUGAGAUCGAUGAUCAAUGCGAAGCUCUGCGCCGCAAGCUUGUCGAGGAACGGCAACAGGGCAAAGACUUAGGUCCUAACGCGAAGCGCUUGAAGUCCCAUCAAGUCCAUGACCUUGCGAAGGCCAAGAUCGAAGAGAGUGAGAGACUGAGAAAAGCGCUUGGCAUCAGCGCGGACUACGAGGAAGGCAGCCACUGGCGAAAACAAGAGGAGAGACUCAGAGACAGCCUCGCUAAGAGGGGAGCCGAAGACGAGGAGAAGGUGGAACGUGCGAAGGAAGCGAGGCGGUACAAACAGGACGACUCGGAUUGA